AUGUGCCUCGAAGCGUUCCAGAGGUGGUUGACUUGGGCGGGCCUCCCGCACACCGUGAUGCUAGACAGAGGUACUCAUAACAGAGGAGCCUUUGUGAACUAUCUCACGGAGAAGUGGGUGAACAUCAGGUUCGCCGCAACCGAGUCGCCCCACAUGCUCGGUAAAACCGAGAGGCACGGAGGGCUCGCGAAGGCAGUCAUCCGAAAGGCCGUGGCAGGCGUGAACACCGUUGGACCUGAGGCAAUGCGAAGUGUGAUUCAAGAAGUCAUUGCAGUCAAAAAUAUGACUAUGAACGUGUCAGGUUGGGACGGCCACAGCUUCGGGAAGAUUACGAACUUGCUGCUUUUCGGCAUUGCCGUGGGCAUCGUGCUUGCGUUCAUCCUCGGCCCAGUGUCGCUGCUAGCCCUGGUCUUCUUCUCCUUGCGGGAGGUCUCGAUCUCUGUCGGCAAUUGGUCCUGCGAGCGCUUGGCCGAGGAGGACCCAGACACCGUUCCCCUGGCGCCUGCGACAUUGAAGGUUGACGAGCCUUCGAAAUGGUUGUGA